CUUCACCGACACAAAAAAAUAUGUAAAAAUUUCAAGUUUAAAGUUUUUUCAUUUUGCAUAUUUAUUACCUAAUUUGCUAAUUUUUGCCUCGCAACCAUGGAUAAAAGUGCACCCAAUAGCUCCGGAGACGACAAAAAUGAUCCAUCUAAGAAGAAAAACCCCCCAGCUGAAAGGCAAAUGCCCAAGUGGCUAGAAGAAAUUACAAGUACAAUCUCAAGAGAUUACCUGGAAGAUUCCAUGAAAAAAUCGACAAAAACCAAGGAACAAUCCCCUUUCGGAAUAAAUUUCAGCAGCUCGAACAUCCCCAGCCGAAUUCCGUAUUUGGAAGGUAAAAUAGGCGAACCACAAAGUUCAACAAGUUCAGCCAAAUUUGGACGCAGAUCUUCUAUUACAAUGGAUCUCUACAAAGAAAAGUCUCCUAAACACCUGACAAUGACCACUUCAGAAUACGUGGUGCCAAAAAUCGAUGAAAGCUUGGACAUGGCAGCUAUUUAUAAAACAGAUAAAGAUUUGGAAGUUUAUUGGACAAGCUUGAACAAUUUUAAUCAGUUUCACAUGGGAAGACUUUAUUCCAAUCAUGGAAGAAUGACUGGUAACAAAUACGACUCGAGUGGCUCAUUGAUGCCUGCUAGUUAUUGGGAUAUUGGGGAACCAACGUCCGAUAGUGGCAUUUUAGAUGUACAACAACGUAGAAAGUCAAUGAUGUAUGAGUAUGGAAACGUGCGAAAAGCGGCUGAGAAACACAUUUCACCAACUCCUUCGAGCAAAAUUUUAAAAUCCAAAUCUACUGAAAGUGUUUUUGGAGAUUUAAGUUCUUCAGAAGAUUUUAGAAUUAAUGAAAGUAGAGAGCGCAAUUCUUUUGAAUCACUACCAGAUUUAGAGAAGCGAAUUUGGAACUAUAAAAGUUGCUUAGCCGAAGAGGAUAGGCUUAGAAAAAUGAUCAUCGAUGAACUGCUGUCUGAAAAUGAUCCAGAGCCACCCCUAGGUUUGCAGUACCAGAAAACCAGCAAAGACCAAAAAAUUAACAAUACAAAAACCUCGAGAUACAAAAGCAAUUUAACCGACCGAAGAAUUAGUUGCCCCCAAGUCCAAAAUAUUGUAGCUGAACCAAACGAAUAUUUCAUUAUACCAGAAUUACCUAGAGGAAAAACCCUGACGAUUGAUAUUUUAACUACAUGGGGUGAUAAAUAUUACGUAGGCCUGAAUGGCAUUGAAAUAUUCACAGCUACUGGAGAAAUAGCAAAAAUAGAACGAAUCAGUGCUAUUCCUGCUGAUGUAAACAUUUUACCAGAGUGCCAAAACGACCCCAGAGUAGUUACAAAUCUUUUAGACGGAGUAAAUCGAACAAGAGACGAUUUACAUAUUUGGUUAGCACCCUUUUAUAAAGGAAAAAGACACUCAAUAACAAUAGAAUUUGUUGAAAUUACUAUUAUAGGAAUGAUUAGAAUAUGGAAUUACAAUAAGUCUCGCAUUCAUUCAUAUAGAGGCGUCAAAAAUUUAAUAAUGUCAUUGGACAACGAAGUCAUUUUCAAAGGAGAAAUAGCAAAAGCCUGUGGGGCAAUCCAAGGAAAAAUCCAUCAAUUCGGCGACACAAUCCUAUUCACUACCGACGAAUUAAUUUUGGAAAAAAUCUCCCUCAAUGAUUCAUCAUUUUCAAACCUCAACUCUCAACCUGCAACUGCAAUAGCAAACAAGGAUCUUAGACCACCAACAUCUGAGGUUCGUCCUAUUACUGGAAGGCCGUCUGCAGGUGCCAAAGAAACUCAGGAACAGAUUCUAGUUGGAGCUAAAACUAUGGAUUUGGUUUUGGUUGAGAAUUGGGGCAAUCCUUUGGCUAUAGGCCUUACUGGAAUUGAAAUUAUUGAAGGAGCUGAUAAUUGUGUUAGUAUUGAGGAGAGGCAUUUGAGUAGCAACAUUGAGAGUAAGUGCCUUAAAAACCUUAUGAAAGGUGAUAAUAUUACAACAAAUUCGAAAAAUAUGUGGUGUGUGUCUUUACAAGACACUGUCACUAUUUCUAUUAAAUUUGAUGACUUUAAAUAUAUUUCUGGUAUUCGUAUAUGGAAUUACAAUGAAAACUUGGAACUAAGCUAUGCAGGAGUGAAGACAAUGAAGGUAUUAUUGGACAAUCAACCAGUUGUUAAUUUAGCAUUGCAAAGUGAUUAUUUUUUGUUGCGCAGAGCACCUGGUAAUACUUUUUACGAUUUUGUACAAGACAUCAGAUUUUUUGAGCCAAAUGUAAAACAUCAUUCUCCAACAGAUUUUCUUGUCAGCAAUAAUGGUAUUUUUGGAUUUGUAAUGGAAAUAAUAGUUUACUCUACAUGGGGUGACCAAUAUUAUUGUGGUUUGAAUGGCAUAGAGCUCUAUGAUGUCAGAGGAGAAAAGGUUAUUCUUGAGGAACAAAAUAUUUGUGCCUAUCCUGAAAGCGUGAACAUCCUCACGUCAAUAAAAGGCGACACUAGGACUCCAGAUAAACUUAUAGACGAAGAAAAUGAAAAUGACAGUGGCUGCCACUCUUGGCUGGCUCCAAAACUACCAAAACAUUUAAACCGACUUUAUGUAGUGAUGGACGUGCCUAUUUCAAUCGCUUAUGUUAAGUUUUGGAACUAUUCUAAAACUCCUAGCAGAGGGAUUAAGGAUUUUGGAGUACUAAUAGAUGAUUUGUUGGUGUAUAAUGGUACCUUGAACCAAUUCAACAAAAACGAUAGAUGUCAAGUGAUAUUUUUAAAUGAAGCUGAAAUUGAAGAUGAUGAAAAUUCAGAUCCAAAUAAGAGACAAAUUCCAGCUGUUUUAGAAGUAAAUGAUCAUUCUGAAGCUGAUCAGUCCUUGAGGCCAAUGACUUGCAUAAGUCCUUAUAAAUAAAGUGAAUUCAAUGUUAAUUUCAAAUGUAUAGAA